AUGAAUUAAACUCACACAAGGUAGAGUCUGCAGAAGAUAAAAACUUCCUUCAAUUCUGACAACAAUAGACAUUUGAAUUUCAUGCUUCAAUAAAAAACAUAUUCAAAAACCCUAAAACCUGUUGCUAAUUAUGUGAAACCCUUUUCUUUUAAAAAUUUAGAUUUAGCCACAUCAUUAAAUUCUGAGUCUCCCAUGAACGAGUCCUUCCAAGAUAAUAAGAGUUGCUGCUGUUUGGAUUGUGGAGCAGUUAGUAGGAAAGCAAAGCAUUUAUAAAAAAAGUUUAUAAUCUUCACAACCAAAAUGUCAGUACUAAGAAAACAACGAUUAUAAAGGAGAUUCAAAAAUGCAGUUCUCUGUAUCAAAUAUCUUUUGGAGAAGUGGAAAAAAAUUAGAUAAUAAGAGAGAGCAAAAAGAUUAUUUAGAUUUAAAACAAAAGUUUUUGAAAAUUAAUCUUUUUUUCCUGGACAAUAGCAUCACUACCCAAAUCAUAUUAUAUAUAGCAAUCCUUAAAUUCCUUAUGAUGACAAAGUAAAUCAGAAUCAACAAGUUCAAUCAAUUCAAGCUUAAAUGAUAGAUUAGAAGCACAAAUAGAGAUAAUCAGUAAGACUCUACUUAUAAUAAAAAUUGAAUAACAACAAAAUAGAAUCCUCUGGCACACUACCAACAAUUGCCUAUAGCAAAUAUCAUAAUUCCCAUUCAAGUAAAUUCCUUUAACCAAUGAGAAUUUUGAAAACUCUAGAGGAUGAAUAAAAAUCCCCUAAAAAAGAGUAUAAUUUACUGAAUUAUAACUCUUCUCUGAUUAAUUCUCCUUACCUCUGCCAAUUUAGUGGAUAGAAAGCAUAAGAAUAAUGUUUUUCUUAAGCAAAAUCUCCUAGAUCUGUUAUUAAGAGUAUAUCAUCAGAAACUUUCUUUCCUUAUAGAUAAAAUAUACACAAAUCUAGAAAAAUGCUUGUUAAGAAGUUUAAAAUUAUAGAUUGA